AGCGAAUGGCGGACCAAGCCUCUCACGCUUUGUGUGUUUACAAAUACCAAUUUUCCUAACCUUACGACAGGCCCAAAUCUGUUGUAUAAUUGUCUAUGAUGAGCGCUGCGACGGAGCCUGAUGCAUCGGAAACACCAUCUCCGGUCGUGCAGGAAAUUGUCAGCAACAUCAAGUCGCAGGGCUUGUUUGAUGAAUUCAGAAAGCAAUGUUUAGCAGACGUUGAUACCAAACCAGCCUAUACUAAUCUGAAACAGAGAGUGGAGGCCUACGUUGGGAGGUUCCUGUCUACCACAAAAUGGAGUCCGAGUCUCAGCAAGAAGCAGCUGAGAGAGAGUCUCAGGAAACAGAUAGAUCAGUCUGGAAUGCUGAACAAUGGCGUGGAGCGAAUCAUCGAACAGGUUGUGAACCCCAAAAUAUUCCAGGUGAUCAAACCUAAGAUUGAUGAGGCAGUGUGUAAGCACCUUGGCAUUGAUCCAAAGGAAUACCAGGAGAGACAGCAGCGACGAAAACUGCAACAGCAGCUUCAACAUCAAGCAGCACAGCAACAGGCUCAACAGCAACAGCAGCAGGUUGGAUCAUCGCCUGCUACACCAGGAUUCUCUUCUCCUGAGUAUAAUGUCAUGAUGGGAGGAUUCACUCCGACUUACCCCCCAGAUGGUGUGUGGACUGGACAGACCCCCUUCUCCCCACCCAAUGUCAACAACCCUCCCCCCGUCCCUUUCUCUUCCCCUCCCUUCAAUUUUGGGAUGAUGCCCCAGCCCUUCCCAUUUAUGCCAGGGUGGCCCCCUGGAGUGAACAUGUUCAACCACCUACCCCCAUUAAAUGUCCCACCCCCACCCCUCCCUGGUGCCACUGCUCCCCCAGGAGCCGCUAAAGCCGCACCUUUCAUUCCCCCUCCCACAAACAUCCCCCCUCCCACAAACAUCCCCCCACCUACAACUACCCUGCCACCCACAAACAUCCCUCCACCCAGCCUCCCCUUACCUGACGUCUCUGUGCCCCCUCCCAACAUGCUUCCAAACCCUGGCAGCAAGACACCCCCACCCCCGGGCACUGUAGACAUGGCUCCUAUUACCCCAGGGUAUGCAACUCCAAGCACCCCAGCUCCUCCAGGAACUCCUGGUCCCCCUGUUAUUGCCACACCCCCUACCCCAGCCCCUGUCCCCACAGUCUCACCCUCAGUUGGGGCAUUGAAUCUCCUGGCUAAUGUUAGCAGUUAUGCUUCAAAAGAAUCAAAACCUGAGGUGAAACCAGCAGAGCCGAUUAAAAAGGAACCGUUUACACCUCCACCGCCACCCACAGAACCAAAGAUUAAAAUAGAGGUGAAGAAAGAAAUGGUUGAGAAAGAAUCCAUCAACGUGGAACCAAGUUUGGAAGAAAUCCCCCUACCAGCUGUUCCAGCCCCAAGAGACUUGAAACCACCAGAGACUGAGAAGAAGGAGCCGGAGACGACAGAGACAAAACGACCGUACAAGUUUGCCUGGACUGUGAAGGAUGAGGACGAGAUGUCGGAUGUGACGGUCAGCUCCAUCCACACCAGUGAUCUGUCAUCGUUCGAGGAUGAGAUGCUGGAAUUGUUUUCUGAGAGUGAUGAUGAGAUGGAGGUAACGGAAGAACUGGAAACUGAAAAGGAAACUGAAGCUGAGAGUGACAAGGGAAGUCCAGAGAAGAAACCCAGUCUGCCGAAGCCCCAGGCAGUUCCUGAAGUAGUGACCAGUAGUGCUGACUCGACAUCAACACCAGUCAGACCCCGCAAACUUCUGGCCUUGACCUACAACCUCAGCGAUAGUGAGGAUGAUGAGACCAGGGAAGAGAGGAAGGCUAGAAUUGCCAAGGAGAAGGAGGAGCGUUAUCUGAAGAGACUGCAACGCCGUGCUGAGCUAGAGGCGAAACGGAAGGAUCGAGAGGAAGAGAAAGCAAGAUUGAGAGAAGAAAGGAGGAAAGCUAAAGAAGCCAAGGCUGAGUCAUCCAUUGAGGAAAAGACAGAAGAAUCAGUGAGUAAAACCGAAGAAGAACUGAACACAUCCGUGACGUCCAUCACCUCAACGACGUCCCAAGAUGAAGAAGAAACGAAAACGGAGAAGAAGACCCUUCCUCGGAGAAGAACCAAGAAGCAGUUGAAGGAACAGCUGAUGCAACAGAAGGUGAUGGAGAAGAAACUAGCUCUCCGACGACAACGCAAACGCAACACACGCUACACCUCGGAGGAGUUCGAGACCAUUUUCACCGAAAAGAAACAGCCCUUCAGUAGUCAAAGCUACACCGAAGAAAUCAUUACUGAUGUUGUUGAGGAGACCAUUGAGAUUGAUACGUCCGAGUACGUUAUUCCCGAGGAAGUGGAAGUCCAGCCAAACUCACCAGCAACUCCUACACAAGACGAACAGUUCAAUCUGGACAGUGUUAGCAAUAUUCCCUUGCCGGAACAGCCUAUCCCCAUCGUAGAAGUGGCCCCGCUUGCCAGCACCACUUUGACGGUGGGUCAGUCGGUGCACAUCACAAGGUCGCGCAGCAGGUUGAGUGACGACAGUAAAAGUAAUGACACUAGUGGCAGGGACAGACCUGCUUCUCCGUACAGUGAUAUAUCGGAUACGUCGUCACGGACAGACUCGGAGAAGGCGGCUCCAAGGAGAAAGAGGAACAUUUCAGGGGAGAGCAGCCAGUCAGGACAGACCCCAAUGCGGCGGUCGCAGAGGACAGUGAGUCCUAACGAAGAAGUGCCAGCGCGGCGAGGGAGAAAAGACUCAGGGAGAGGCAAAUCCCCAGAUGCAGAUGGCAGGAACAAGUCUAGUCAGAGAUACAGCACGGACGACCUCUACAAGCCUAGAAUCAGUCAUCGCAGACCUUUGACGCCACCUGCCGCCAAGGAGUCACCAGAUACGCCAGUCAGAGGUCUUCGUAGUGGUCGACAAAGGAGUUCACCUGUGGUUGCAGAAGCAGUAAAAAAGAUAGACACUCCUGCAUCCAAGUCAACAGCAGAUGAAGCAGAGAAAGGCACACGAGACACUGAGUCCCCAGCUGUUGAAAUAGUCAAAGUUGAGAUGCCCCAGGAACCCAAAGGAAGUUCAAGGUCAAGUAAACCUGACCGGCGGCGGCGGCGGAGGAGGAGGAGGAGGAGUGAGUCAGAUUCAGAUUCAGAUUCGGAGCGAUCAAGACGGAGGAAGAGGCACAGCUCUGAUUCAUCCAGCAGAUCAGGAAGUUCGGACAGCAGACACCAUCGCAGACACAGACAUACCAGCUCCAAGACCAGCCAGUCAGCUAGUUCAAGUGAAGAGGAGGAGACUGAUGAAUUUGGGAGAAUUAUCAGACGAGGCGGUCGGAAGAAGUCUCGCACUAGGAGCAGAAGUAGAAGUAGAAGCAGCUCCAGCACUUCUCGUAGGUCACGGUCAAGGUCGUUGUCAAAAUCAAGAUCAAGGUCAAGGUCAGUUUCAAGGUCAAGGUCAAGGUCUGUUUCCCCCAAAGAGAGAAAGAGACGUAGAAGCCAGUCCAAAGAGAGAGGAGGACCACUCCAGUCAUGUUCGGAUAUCAGCUCCGGAUCUGAUUUUGGGGACAUUGUGGAGGAAGAGGAUAAACGUCCAUGUGCAAAGACUCCGAUUGACAGAGUUGACUUCGGUGAAGCAGAGAAGAGGCUGCGAAGGGCUAGACUUGCUGAUGUGGACUUUGGUGAAGCAGAGAGAAGGACUAGACAAAUGGACAUGAGGCCUAUGGACGUUAGACCUAUGGACAUGCGGCCUAUGGACAUGCGGCCUAUAGACAUGAGACCAAUGGACAUGAGACCCAUGGACAACAGGUUGAGGAAAGGACACAUGUUCUUUGGAGAAGCAGAGAGACGUUCAAGACAGUUGUCCAUAGCCAAGAACUCCCCUCAGUAUUUCCGGGAGUGGCAGGCCCACCGAUCUCCUCGCGGCUCCAUGGAAAGCAGAUCUCCUCCCCGGUCCCGCUCCCCACUCGGAUCCUACAGCAGUGGGUCGGAGAGCUUCAGCAGACCUGGAGCAUCUCCAGGACGUGGUUGGGAUGAUAUGGGACGUCCAGCGCAAUUCAGGGAAGGAUCUUCAUCUCCUCUGAAGCGGCCUGUGUCUCCAGAUAUGAGAAUGAGAGGCUCCCCUAUGCGUCAUCUUCCAUCACCUCCUUCACCCGACAUGAGACAUGCAUCACCAAUGAUGAUGAGGAGAGGCUCCAGUCCUGAAAUGAGGCGACCUCCGUCUCCUCUCGAACCUCGUAUGACGCGUGGUAGAAGGCCCAUAUCUCCAGACGACCUCAUGGACCAGCCACCAUCACCGCCAGAUAUUUACAGAUCACCUUCACCAGACUCACCACCGGGUAUUCGAAGACAGUCUCGACGCCCAGCAUCCCCACCUGAUCAUCGACGUCCCCCAUCACCACCAAUGCAGCCCAGACGCCGUCCUCCAUCACCUCCUGAUAUUAGACACUCACCUGGCAGACGCCCCCAAUCCCCUCCCAUGCCAGGUAGACAGUCAUCCCCAGAGCUACGACGCCAACAAUCGUCACCUGGCCGCCGACCAGUAUCUCCUCCAAUGAGUGGCCGCCGGCCAGUAUCUCCUCCAAUGAGUGGCCGCCGGCCAGUAUCUCCUCCAAUGCCUGGCAGAAGACCAAAUUCUCCUCCACUACCUGGCAGAAGACCACCCUCUCCACCAAUGCCUGCCAGGCGACCUGUGUCACCUUCAGAUCUCAGACGUCCUCCAUCAUCACCACCACGGAGGCCGCCAUCCCCCGAAACACCUCCAGAUCUGUGUCACCAACCUCCAUCACCUGGGAGACGUCCACCAUCACCCAUGGAGGAAUCUCCAUCACCUCCAGAUCUUCAUGGUCCUCCAUCCCCACCAGAGAUGAGACAAACUCGACUAUCAAGCUCAGAGUAUACUGGACCACGAACAAGAAGACAUGCUCCUUCGCCCACAGAAAUGAUCACCCGUGGACGCCAUACCAGAAGCCCUCUUCAACCCCCUGAACCGAUGGGCCGAGGACGAAGGGGAGCAAGUCCUUCUGUUCCUGGUGCAACAGUAGGAAGACCUCGGAGAGUAAGAAGCCCUUCACCCCCUGAGGUCACAGGUCGUGGUCGUCGAACUAAGAGAUCGCCAAGUCCCCCUCCUCUUAUGGAAGGAAUUGGGCGUGGGAGACGAGGCAGAAGUCCUACAGCCAUGUCUCCACGGCCACCUUCCCCUCCACUCACGAGGAUGGAAAGAAGGGGUCAGAGACCUCCAUCUCCACCCUCGCCAAUUGUGAGGGAAACGCGACGACAGAGAAAUGCAUCACCUCCUCCACAACCAACAGUAACUCAGCGAGAGACACGAUCCAUGGCUGCACCGCCCGUGAGAGAAACGAGAAGUCGACGAGAGAAGAGUCCACCAACCAAAAGAGCCAGAAGAUGAAACUAAACAAACAGUUGUGCAGAAAUUGUUGAGGGUUCGACUGUAUGAGAAAUUCUCCAUGAUAAAUCAGGGCGGUGGGGUAGCCUACUGGCUAAAGCGUUCGCAGGUCAUGCUGGAGACCCAGGUUCGAUUCCCCACAUGGGUACAAUGUGUGAAGCCCAUUUCUGGUGUUCUCCGCUGUGAUAUUGCUGGAAAAUUGCUAAAGGCGGCGUAAAGACAUAUUCAUUCACUCAUGAUAACUCCAUCACUAGGAGCCAGGAAAUGAAGAAAGACAUGUUGCUGUGCUAUGGGUGCAGCCUAGUGGUUAUAAUGUCGGCUUGUCACACCCAUCAAGCUGUAGUUCCCAGCACGUUACAAUGGCAUGCUAUUCAGGGAAAGGUGGGAUAAGACCUCCCUCAGUGGGUGGAAAUGGUGUAGAUUAAUAAUGGUAAGCUUUCCGCAUCAUAAUCCCAGCUACAGUGCCCACACUGAACAACAAUGUUUUGCAAUACUUUUAAAUGUGCCGUUAGUCUUCAAAAUUCAUGCUAGCCCGAGACUACAAAAUUUGGCUGAGGACCAGAAACAAAUGCAGUUUUUGCCUCCAGGUGCAAGUCGACAUAUUAAGCAACCUGUUCCAGCAAGCGUCCCCAACAUUUUACAAACAUAUUGUCAUGUUUCCUUUAUAAGAUAACACAUAUAUUUCCUUCCCCACUACUGUUCAUACUCCUUAAAGCUUUCUUGUAAGUGCCCAUCCUAUGAAAAUUGUAUGAACCCUUGGCACUUACUUAUUCAAAUGGGGCAGUGGGGUAGCUCAGUGGUUAAAGCUUUAGCUUGUCAUGCAGAAGGGCUGGGUUCGAUUCCCCACAUGGGUACAAUAUGUGAAGCAAUUGCAGUGAUAUUGCUGGAAUAUUGCUAAAUACAGUGUAAAACUCUCUUCUAAGUCACUGUACAUCUUCACCCAUUGAUCCCAGUAGAUAAUGUUUGUUCGAGAUAGCCCUGUGUUCAAAUGACAUUAUCACGAAUCAAUACCAAUUAUAAUCAAGUUUGUAAAAUACUGUAAAAUAUUCCCGUUUUGUAUUCUGUAGGGCUGUAAUGAUGCUCUUCACAAUUCUUGGUUACACAAUUCCAAGUGUCAUCGUGAUGUUAUAGCAAUACAUUAAGAUACAUGUCAUGUUAAGGAAAUAAAGUUUAAAAUUCCCUGUUCUGAUGUUUACAAGAAUUCUCAAGCCAUCGUUAGUUUCACUCAAGUUUAUUAAAUAUGUCUUGGUUUGGUCUCUAGCCAUUCCCAUUAUGUGACGAGUGUUGAGUUUUCAUGCAUCUUAUCAUGUUUAGUAUCAUAGCCUUACCUUCGUACCAUAUCUCCCAUUGCCACAAUGUGUGUAUUGUUACACCUAUGAAGAUCCUGGUCUGCUGCAAACCAUGCUUGUUGUAAGAGGCGACUAACGCUAUCGGGUGGUCAGGUUCAUUCACUUGGUUGAUGCAUGUUAUGUCCAAUGUUCAUUAUAUCAAUCAUUGGAUUGUCUGGUCCAGACUUGAUCAUUUAUGGAUUGACGUCAUAUAGAUGGAAUAUUGCUGAGUGUGGCGUUAAAUGUAGUUUGACAUUCUAUUGUAGUGCUAUUUAGAUUGUACAUUCGAUUUCACACACAUUUGAUGAAAUGUCAGAAAAAAGAUCAUGUUUAUUAAUAGUUUUGCAUGACUUGUCUUUGACAUGUUAUUGUAAAUAAUGGUGUAAAUAUUCAGAGCAUAUUAUAAUGUCAGAAACAA